AUGUCGAGCGACAGAAAUAUUGAGCUACAGACCAGGCUACAAGAACACUUGCUGAAAGUCAAUGUAUCUGAGGUCGACGAUUUAGAUACUAAAUUGAUUGAUGAUUUCAUCUCAAUUGCCACAAUUGAUAAAACCAUUCAUCAUGAUCAAAACCAAAUCAAAGAUCUUUUACUCGCAAUCAUUGAUAUCCUACAUAAUAACUCAUUGGAUAUUGAUUACAAUAAAGUUAUUGGGCUAUUAGAUGCGGUUUUAAUAGGACUUGAUUUUGAAACAGUCAUAGAUUUGUUCAAAUUGGAUUUGAUAGUGGAGGCGCUUCACUCUCCAAACGAAAACCUUCAAAUAUUAGCAAUGAAAGUAUCAGCCAAAGCCAGUCCCCCAGAUAUAUUAUCUAAUACUGAAAUAAUUCCAAAAGCUGUUGAGCUGCUUUCAAUUAAAGAUAGUUCUAUCAAGUUGGUGAACGAAAUUGAGAAAUCAAUUGGAACCUUAGUUUCGGGUGAGCUCAUUAGAAGAAGACUUUUAAGUGGUAAUGUUGAAUCGAAAUUGCUUGGUAUAAAGGAAAGUAAUGAUACAACUGUCAAGAGUAGAUUAUUGGACUUAUUGAUCCACGUUUUACCUUUAGUCAAAGAACAAGAAAUCAAUCCAAUUUUAUACAAGUUUACAAAAUUCACUGAAGAUAAUGAUAUCUUAUACACAUUGAAUCUCAUCAGAUUUUAUACUGAGAUUUUGGACAUUGUGGACUCAUCACUGGAAAAAUACUGGCUUUUAGUUAAUAUUGAAGAUCAAAUUAACAUUAUUGGUAAAUUAUAUGCUGAAAGAUCAACAAACUCUGAUAUUGAGUAUUUUGCCGUCACUGAACUAUCACUAUUCUUCAAGAAACUUUCAUUGAUUUCACCAAGCUUAUUUGAAACAUUGGAUAAUAAAUUUGUCAAGAUUGGGAAAAAUGAUCACUUUUUAUUGGCAACUUUAAAUGCGUCAUAUCUUGGUUCAAAGCAUCAAUCAAUUUUGAAACAAUUACCAUUGAAUAUCAACAAUAUAUCUAUAUUCAGAAAUCUGAUUUCUGAUCCAACUUCUUUCAAUUCUGUCAAGGAUGAGAUUACCACAAAUAAACUACUCAAACUUCCAUAUGUUGAGCUUUUUGCAAUCUUAUCCAAAUUGGCACAAUAUAAUUAUAGUGCAAAAUUACUUCUUCAAGAAUUACCGCAGGUAAUGAACAAAGUUAUAGAAGGUAGAAAUGUCAGUGAGCCUGAAAGCUAUGAGCUUCGAAAAUUAACUAUUGAAAAUUUACUCCAACAAUCUGAUGAGGAUUUAGAAAUUUGGAAAUCGCCUCUUCAAAGAGAAUAUUAUACAAUAACACAUGGUCAUCCAUUGCAAAGUCAAGCACUUGUACAAGAUACACAACUAUAA